UCCAGACUGCUAGCCAGCUGAGGGUCUGGCGGUUUAUAGCCAAAUGAGGCAAUCGCGUCACCCUUCAAACUCACAAUUUUAUCAUCCAAUGUCCUUGAAGAACUAUAUCCCAAUUAUCUUCAGUAAUCUCCUCACUCUCUCCUAAAACCAACGCACCGUUCAACGCAAGGAACAUAAAGAAAACACAAUAAAAUGUCGUUCGUAAACGAACAAAAGCUCGCCUCGCGGUAGCCAUAUUGGAAAAAGGAAGUUGUUGUGUUUCCACUUAGCAAAGAAAAAUACUUUCCAAAGGAAAUUUUUUUUGAAUUUUUUUUCCAUGUGGAAAAUUUCAAAUAUGGCCACCUUCAGAGGGAUGCAUGCUUUUUCAAGAAAAGCUUGCAAGAUUUUCGAUUUUAAACCAAAUGGAAACGUAAGUAUUUUGAAUGAAAUAAUGUACUCAUACUUCUAGCCUUUCUGCUAUAGUAUUUUUUUGUUUCUCGACAUUGAUAGGUACUAAAAUCUCGGUCACAAUUGGCUCAAAUUUUGGGCAGCUCAGUUCGAGCCAAUGGUUCGGUCUCUAUAGUCAGUGUUUCACCCAAGACCAGGCAACUGUUGAAUACUAUCAACAGAAGUAAUAAAUGGUAUGUGCAUUUUAUCUGUUUUUUUUUAAGAUUUAAUUUAUUUUUACAAAAAUUCUAAUAUUUGCCAUACAUGUGGUGAUGUGGAUAGGAAUUAAAUAUUGGACCCAUUAGUAUUGCAAUUAUUGGCAGAUUGCAUUUAUUUUUUGCACAGGGGGGUUGAGAACAUCUUUACCAGUAAAAAUUGCAAACCCCCUGGAAUUUAGUUUGUUUACCCCCACUCCACCCCCCCCCCAUCCUGCCCCCAGGCGGAAUUUCUAUGAUUUCAUCAUCAGAUCUCAGUGUGCCAUAUCACUAAGUCUAAGCUAGGUAUGCUAAAACAUUGCUGUAUUCUUAUUAAGCCUUCAAGACUAAACCUUUAAAUUCAUCAUUUAGGAAUACAUCUUUAUUUGAAAAUAUCACACGAAGUUCCAGUUCUGUCGUUUGUCUACUCAGUAAUGGCAACACAUCUUUGCUGGCAACCUUGUGUUCAGCCCUGGAUGAACUUUCUACCGAGGGUGACGAGGACUCAACAAAUAGGAAGAAACGUAUAUAUCUCGCCGGACGAUUGAACGAUGAUCCAUAGGUUAUGAGUGGUGGUAGAGUAUGAAAAUUUUAUCUGCAAAGGUAACACAAUGUCGCUGGUAACACAGCUGUAGUAAGACUGCAACAUGAAACGCUUCUUGAAAACAGCAUUUGUUGAUGAAACUUGUGGUAAUAUGUAUGUGUUUUAUUUGCAUGAAAGAAAAGAGAUUUUACCAUGUGGAGUUUUUGUUUUUUCUUUGGAAAUCUUUGAGGAAAUUGGUUUGUGACAUAUAUUCUUUGUGAAAACCUUUUGUGUACAAGGGUGGAUUUUCAUUUAUUUAAAAGGAGGGGUAGAAAAAUGUCUGGUGGGGUGCAAGCAGCACCACUCAGUGAGCUAAGCUUUGGCAGGGGUUAACUAGGCAUUUGGGUUAAAGCCUUUCACACAAAAUAGGAGGGGUGAAGUGAAAUUUUGGUGGGGUAGAACACUUUAUUAGAGGGGUUAGAUAGUCCCAUUAGGGGUUAGAUAUUAGAGGGGUCUGCCCAUGUUUCUGCAUGUCCAAAUUUGGGUAAGUUACAAUGCACUAUAUCCUAAUGCCAGAGGCGCUUAAAGAACGGCAAAGCAAAAGAACGAUGAAAGAGCCUGGGAUCAAAUCAAUUCUGAAUCUCACUUCCAUACUGGGUGAGGUUGAGAUUGAUGAGGUUCAGAAUCUGAACCUCGUUUUUGGGAUUGAGACGUUAGGUUUUAACUAAAUGUCACAUACAUAAAAUGGAGGCCUUCAAACAACCAACUCUUGGAGAUCCCAGCUAACAGAUCAAAGGCUUUGUUGGUAUACAUCUAAUAUAGAUGUUUCCACACAGCAAAAUAACAGACUGUACUGUUUAUUGCAGUCUUCAUGUUGUUAUUUCCAUAUAACCUUCAUGUACACCUGGCAUGCUACAAUAGGCAAACAAUGAAAAAAGGUCAUUGGGGCAAAACUGCAAUAAACAGUAUUAGUAUUUUUACACAAGUGAAUGUAAGAAAUCCGAUGUGGUGAUUGGUAAAAUUUGAUGUGAUAUUCCCUUAUAUUCACCCACAGGUGAAUAUAACAGUAAAAACUAGUUUACAAAAUGGCGAUUAGCCAUUUUGUGGAAAUCACAG